ACUACCAUCCCUAUUUAAUAAUCAUAAAUAAUGGAAAACGAGCAUGGAUCUGAACUGGGAACCCAGGAAUACUGGGAAUCUAGCUACAAUCGCGAGAUUCGUAACUACAAGAACCACGGGGAUGUGGGCGAGAUCUGGUUCGACGAGGACUCGCAGCAGCGCGUGAUCGACUGGCUGCUAAAGCAGGAAGAGAUCGGCAAACAGGCGAGAGUACUUGACCUGGGUUGCGGAAAUGGGAUGUUUCUCGUGGGGCUGGCCAAUGAGGGAUACGGUCAGCUGACCGGCGUGGACUACUCCCCAAAGGCCGUCGAGUUGGCCCAUAAUAUAGCGCAGGAUAACAACCUGGAGAUUAGCUACAAGGUGGCAGACUUGACACAGCCACAGGACGAUCUGGGCACCUUUGAUGUAGUGCACGACAAGGGAACCUAUGAUGCAGUCAGCCUCUGUCCGGAUAGUCCCAAGGAGAAGCGUGCCCUAUAUCUCGCGACGGUGGAGAAGUUGUUACGCACUGCCGACAGCCUGUUUGUCAUCACAUCCUGCAACUGGACGGAGGAUGAACUGGAGCAAAGCUUUGAUAAGUUUAUUAAAUACCAUACUAUUCCCACACCGACCUUCAAGUUUGGUGGCAAGGUGGGCAACGUGGUUACCUCAGUUGUAUUUAAGAAACUUUAAAUAAAAAAUUAUUGCAAAUUUGUACAUGGUAA